CCAGUGUAAAGAAGUUUAAGUGACUGCUCUACUUGAUCACCAUGGUGGACACUGAAAACCAGCUCUAUCCCCUUACUCCUUUGGAGGAGGAUGAUAUAGGCAGCCCUUUAUCUGGAGAGUUCCUACAAGAUAUGGAGAACAUUCAAGACCUCUCUCAGUCUCUAGGUGAUGAUAGUUCUGGAGCUUUGAGUUUAACAGAGUUCCAGUCACUGGGAAAUGGUCCAGGAUCUGAUGGAUCUGUCAUAACAGACACCCUUUCACCAGCAUCCAGUCCUUCAUCCAUUAAUUUUGCCACAGCUCCAGGUAGCAUAGAUGAAUCACCCAGUGGAGCAUUAAACAUUGAAUGUAGAAUUUGUGGGGAUAAAGCCUCAGGCUACCAUUACGGAGUACAUGCUUGUGAAGGUUGUAAGGGUUUUUUUAGAAGAACAAUUCGUUUAAAACUCAUCUAUGAUAAAUGUGAUCGCAACUGCAAAAUUCAGAAAAAAAAUCGUAAUAAGUGCCAAUACUGUCGUUUUCAAAAGUGCCUUUCAGUUGGAAUGUCACAUAAUGCAAUACGUUUUGGACGAAUGCCAAGGUCUGAGAAGGCCAAGUUGAAGGCAGAAAUUCUGACAGGUGAAAAUUAUGUAGAAGAUUCAGAAAUGGCAGAUCUUAAAUCACUUGCCAAAAGAAUUCAUGAUGCUUACCUGAAAAACUUCAAUAUGAACAAGGUUAAAGCCAGAAUCAUCCUUGCAGGGAAAACUAGUAACAAUCCACCAUUUGUUAUACAUGAUAUGGAUACCUUGUGUAUGGCAGAGAAAACCCUGGUGGCAAAAUUGGUGGCCAAUGGUAUUCAGAACAAGGAAGCAGAGGUUCGAAUCUUCCACUGCUGCCAGUGUACAUCUGUAGAGACAGUCACUGAACUUACUGAAUUUGCCAAAUCUAUACCUGGCUUCUCCAGUCUCGACUUGAAUGAUCAAGUGACACUGUUAAAAUAUGGAGUUUAUGAAGCCAUAUUUGCCAUGUUAGCAUCUGUGAUGAACAAGGAUGGGAUGCUAGUCGCCUAUGGAAAUGGUUUUAUAACCCGGGAGUUCCUGAAAAGCCUGAGAAAGCCAUUCUGUGAUAUAAUGGAGCCAAAAUUUGAUUUUGCAAUGAAAUUCAAUGCACUGGAAUUGGAUGAUAGUGAUAUAUCCCUUUUUGUUGCUGCCAUCAUUUGCUGUGGAGAUCGCCCUGGUCUUGUGAAUGUAGGACACAUUGAAAAAAUGCAGGAGAGCAUUGUGCAUGUACUGAAACUUCAUUUGCAAACCAACCAUCCUGAUGACACCUUCCUCUUUCCGAAACUUCUCCAAAAAAUGGCUGAUCUCCGACAGCUUGUCACAGAGCACGCUCAGCUUGUUCAGAUAAUUAAGAAGACUGAAUCUGAUGCACAUUUACACCCUUUACUACAGGAAAUCUACAGGGAUAUGUAUUAAGGAUUUUUAGUAAUUUUUUCCACAAUAUUUAAAGACAAGAGCAAUACUAAUAACAGAUGGGAGCAAAACUACUUGCACAGUUAUCUGCUGUUCACUCAGCCCAGAGCAUGAAAAAUCUAAAUGCUGGGUAGCUGGAGUGUUACACUUCUUUUGGUUUGGGAUCUUUUGUCUUCUUUUGAAAGAUUUCUGCAGAAAAGUACUGAUCAUAGUGCUCAUGAAGUGUCUUAAAAUGGUUCUUUUACUUGGAAAUUUUAAGAUUGGUAAGGAAUACAUAUUUGUAUAAUAAAUCAGAAUGUCAAGUAACAGAAAUGAA